AUGGGCAGAGUUUACACGCUAGAUCAACAUGUGGCGGACCAGGCAGCUGAACUAGUUAAAGGUAUGAUCUAUAUCUGUGGUGAAGACUUAGCUGUCUUAUUUGACUCGGGUGCUACCAACUCCUUUAUCGUCGACUAUGUGGCGAAAGCGUUUGACUUAUUCACUGACAGACUGCAAGUCCCAAUGCGGAUCACCACUGCAACGGGGGAAGUUACCAAGACAGAUCUCAUAUGUAGAGAUGUCGAAUUCAUAUAUAAAGGAAAGAAGUAUAAGCAGGAUUUCAUAGUACUCCCCAUCGUCAAAAUUAAUUUAAUUCUGGGGAUGGACUGGCUCGCCAAACAGCGAGUAGUGAUUGACUGCGACAAUCGCAGUACAAGCAUCGACAAGGAAGGGGUGGAGAACUCACCUCCCGAAGAGGGAGAAUGCACCCUCAUGUUGAUAGGUAACCUCGUGGGAGCAGGAGAGAUACCACUGACGAAUAUUCCAGUGGUCAAGGAGUUCGAAGACGUUUUUCCCGAUGACAUCACCACUUUCCCUCCAGAAAGAGAAGUACAAUUUUCCAUCGAACCGGUACCGGAACGGGACCAAUUUCAAUUGCACCCUACCGCAUGUCACCCUUAG